GAAAGCGGGACCCUCCUUAUCUACAAAAGCACAAGAUUGAUUUCCGAUGUGGCGCCCUUAUCCAGCAUUCUGAUUUGUGAGUGAUAGAGAGGGGGCAAUACAACUACACAAAAAUCUGAAACUAUACCGCUCUCUCCAUCCCACAAACCCAGAUUCCAAAAAAUGGCUUCAAUUGCUCCUCUUCAGGCUCUCACUUCUGCCAGGAUUUCAGCAACACAAUCAACUGGGAACCCAUCUCUGUCCAGAUUCUGCUCUGCAUCGACGUUAACGGGUGCGAAGGUUUCGCCUCGGAAAACGAGGGAGAGGAAGACCAAGAACGGACCUUUGACGGUAGUCUCUGCCGUUGGAGACGUAUCAUCUGCGGGAACCACGUAUCUGAUUGCCGGUGCGAUAGCUGUGGCGCUCGUCGGAACCGCCUUCCCUAUUCUCUUCUCCCGCAAGGACGUGUGUCCUGAAUGCGAUGGUGCGGGUUUCGUUAGGCAAUCUGAGAGAACCCUAAGAGCGAAUGCGGCUCGGAAAGACCAGACGCAGAUUGUGUGUGCUCGUUGCAGUGGCCUUGGCAAGCUCAGCCAAAUUGACAAAUAGACUAACUACUAUUUCUUGAUAAAUGAAAUGAAAUGUCAGCACUGUGAACCUCUUUCUUGAUGUAUCAAUUUCAAUGAUGAUAUGUUUGAUGCA